AUGGAGUCAACUGCUUUGAAUGGGAGGAUGGCUCGAUGGCAGAUCUUACUGUCUGAAUUUGAUAUUGUCUAUGUGAGCCAAAAGGCUGUGAAAGGGAGUGCAAUUGCUGACUUUCUAGCUAGUAGAGCUUUGGAGGACUACGAGCCAUUGAGUUUUGAUUUCCCGAAUGAAGACCUGAUGUGUAUAGCCGCUACUGAAGAAAAUCCCCAAAAAGGUCACCGUUGGAGGCUAAACUUUGAUGGAGCCUCGAACGCUGUGGGCAAUGGAAUUGGGGCAGUCUUAGUAUCCCCGAAUGGUGAUCAUUAUCCUUUCACUUGCAAAUUGGAUUUUGUUUGCACAAACAACAUGGUAAAAUACGAAGCAUGCAUCAUGGGUAUUCGUGCAGCUAUAGAGCGAAGAAUCAAAGUGUUAAAGGUCUAUGGAGAUUCGACAUUGGUGAUAUAUCAGCUCAGGGGUGAGUGGGAAACGAGAGAUCCCAAAUUAGUCUGUUAUCGAAAUUUGGUCCUUGAAUUGAUUAAAGAGUUUGAGGACAUCACUUUUUGCUAUCUCCCACGAGAUGAGAACCAGAUGGCUGAUGCACUAGCUACUUUAGCCUCUAUGAUCAAGGCAACUGAGCAUGAAAAGAGAACUCUGAGAAGGCUAGCCAUUGAUUACGUCUUAGAUGGGGAGAUCUUAUACAAGAGGGGAAAAGAUCAGCUUGCUUAUGAUGUUGAGGAUGUUAUUGAGAAUUUUGCUCUCAAGAUUGGGUCCAAAAACAAAGAUGGUCUUCCAAGUUGUAUUAAAAGAUCAAUGUGCAUUUUGAUCGAAGGGUGA